UGUACCUCUAUGAUAUAUACUCAUUCAUUCACUUCAUUCUCGUUCAUUAAUUGCUAUUGUUCGUUCACUACUUACUUCACUCAUCCAUUUUGUUUUGACAGCUGACGGCGUGAAAAUGUCGGCUCACAAGACAUUUAUUAUCAAGCGCAAGCUUGCGAAAAAGCUUAAACAAAACAGGCCUAUUCCGCAAUGGGUGAGAAUGCGCACAGGAAACACUAUUCGGUACAAUGCUAAGAGGCGUCACUGGAGGAGGACGAAGCUGAAGCUGUAAGCUUGUACCACCUGUAGCUGUUAAGCUGAAUAAACUCUUAUAAAUCC